UCUGUUCUACUUUACCUUGUGUGCUCCCUAUAUUUAGCUCAGUCCAGGGAAACCAACCAACACAGGCAGGAAAACUAAGUUGGGAAAGAAUUGAAGGAAGUCUAGUGGACAUUUAGACAAAGAACUCACACAGUGGGAUCAGUGCUGGCUGAAUAUGCAGCAGCACUGUGUAUGGCUGAGACAGCUGCAGAAACGGGGCUGUGUGAAGAAAGGGUUGGGAGAUACUUUGAUCCAGCAACUAGACGGUUAUGCUGAGUUCAGUAGCAGUCUUGUGGAUCCUGAUGGACUUUGGUUUUGAUAUGGAUUUGAGCAGACAAAAAAUGGAUCUAUACAUGAACAUUCAUACCAAGUGGAUCCAUGUGGUCUGCUGGUAGAUCUCAGCAGAGUGGGAGUCUCAGAUGAGGAAAAUCCUGAGUGGUCCGAAGCUGUGAUCAGGAAUUGUUGACCUCUAUCUUCAAUCUUGGCACUAUGGGAUCAUCCACACUGGGAAAGGCAGCAUCUCUUGAUGCGCUUUUAAAUGAAUGCAUUCAAGCAUUUGAUGACAAUGGAGAGCUGCAGGCCAACCUGCUUCCUCGCAGCCUGCUGCUGAUGCAUCGCUGGUACAUUACAUCCUCAGAACUGGUGGGAAAACUACUGAUAAUGUACCGUGACUGCGAAGAUGACAACUGCCAGAGAACCAGGCUGAAGAUAUGUCAUUUCAUGAGGUACUGGAUAGUAACAUUCCCUGCUGAGUUCAACCUGGACCUGGGUUUAAUCAGGGCAACAGAAGAGUUCAGAGAUGUGGCUGCUCAGCUUGGCUGUGAGGAGCAUUUCAAACUCAUCGACAUUUCCACCAUUCCGUCGUACGACUGGAUGCGUCAGCUGACCCAGAGGAAGAAGCAGGCUAAGAAAGGCAAGGCCUCGCUGCUGUUUGACCACCUGGAGCCCAUGGAGCUGGCUGAGCACCUCACCUUCCUAGAGUUCAAGUCCACCAGGAGGAUCUCGUUCACUGAUUACCAGAGCUACGUGAUCCAUGGCAGCCUCGUGGACAAUCCGACUCUGGAGCGCUCCAUUGCUUUGUUCAAUGGAAUCUCUCAGUGGGUGCAGCUCAUGGUGCUAAGCAAACUAACACCUCAGACACGAGCAGAGGUCAUCACCAAAUACAUCCACGUGGCACAGAAACUUCUGCAGCUGCAGAACUUCAACACCCUGAUGGCAGUGGUUGGAGGGCUGAGCCACAGCUCCAUUUCUCGACUUAAGGAGACUCAUUUUUAUCUGGCUCCAGAAGUUGUGAAGAUCUGGAGCGAGAUGACCGAGCUGGUCUCUUCCAGUAACAACUACUCCUGCUACCGAAAGGUCUUCAGCGAGUGCCAGGGCUUUAAAAUCCCCAUCCUGGGUGUGCAUCUCAAGGACCUAAUCGCAGUGCAUGUGGUGUUUCCUGACUGGGUUGAUGACGGUAAUAAGGUGAACCUGGUGAAGAUGCAUCAGCUUUACAUGACCUUCAAUGAGCUGGUGUCAUUGCAGAGUGCAGUGGCCCAAGUGGAGCCCAACAUGGACCUCAUUUACCUGCUAACGCUUUCUUUAGACCUUUAUUACACAGAAGAUGAGAUUUAUGAGCUGUCAUUGCUAAGGGAACCACGUAACCCCAAAUCAUUGCCUACCUCUCCAACAACUCCCAACAAGCCCCUGGCUCCACUGGACUGGGCGUCUGGUGUUACCACCAAACCAAACCCCUCUGUUGUCAAUAAACACAUUAGGAAGGUGGUGGAUUCUGUGUUCAGGAAUUAUGACCAUGAUCAUGAUGGCUAUAUUUCUCAAGAGGACUUUGAGAGCAUCGCUGCUAACUUUCCCUUCCUUGAUUCCUUCUGCGUUUUGGACAAAGAUCAAGAUGGAUUGAUCAGUAAGGAUGAGAUGAUUGCAUAUUUCCUUCGGGCUAACCCACUGCUCCAGUGUAGGAUGGGACCAGGAUUCAUCCACAACUUCCAGGAGAUGACAUACCUGAAGCCCACCUUCUGUGAACACUGUGCUGGAUUUCUCUGGGGAAUCAUCAAGCAAGGUUACAAGUGCAAAGACUGUGGCGUUAACUGUCAUAAACAGUGUCGGGAACUGUUGGUUCUGGCCUGUAGGAAGUUGAUCCGCUCCAGCUCUGUGGGCAGCGUUUCCCAUGCCAGGCUGACCCACAGCUCACUGCCCAGCAGCCCUGCAAUGCCCCCCUAUGAGGAUGAGGUGUUUGUAUUCCCAGCUGUCACACCAUCAGCUCCAGCUCUGGACACUCAAUCCAUCACUCUGAUGACUGGUUCAGCCCAGAGAAUCUCUGUUCGCCUGCAGAGGGCCACCACCUGCCAGGCCACACAGACCGAUCCCCUGUGGCCUGAAAGCAGCUGGGGGGCCACAGACAGCGGCUCCCACACCUUCCCUAAAAUGAAAUACCGGACUCACAGGAAGGCAUCUAAAAAUGAAGGUUUUGCCUGCUGGGAAAACCAGAAUGACCAGAACCAGGUGGUUUCCUCCCAGUGCAGCAUGGAGCCUGAAGAGAAGUCGCACAUUUCAGUAGAGCUCGUACAAAACGGGAUUGCACUCAGAGGGAAGAAAAGCUGACUUGGUCACGGUGGUGAAGGCCAGUCCCAAGAGUCAGGAAGGUCCCUGGCAGCGGGGACCAGGAAGCUCUUCUCUCUGGGGGAGGUACUGGGCUGCCUGAGGUCUCCCUGUAGUGACCUGUAGUUAUCGUGUCCACUCUAGCCUUCAGUACAGACAAAGCUUCAUGUGGAUGCUGUGUAGCUGCGAUCUGAAAGAGGAGCUCAGGCUAACACCUAGUGUGAACAACAUGGAGAGACGCCUCCAUCCUGGGGCAUCAGAUCACUAAGAUGUGACUUACUGUAGGUCUGAGUGUUGGAUGUACAUAAAAUCAAGCAUUUGAAAAAGUAAUAAGAAACAUUUUAAAGUAAGUAUAGAAUGGGUUCAGUUUAGUGGACUGAUGCUGUCUAAUAACUUUACAACAGACGGCUUUAAAAAUCCAGCUGGGGUACAGUAUGACAAAGUAAACACCAGUAACUGAAAAUGUCUCCUGCUUGAUCUGAAGAAACAAGUAAACUUUGGGUGGCUGAAAAGACCAAGAAAAGAGUGAUGGAUGUUGGAGAGUGUGUAGCUCUUUGCAUGUGGAGUUACAAAUAAAGGGAAAUUGAAAGUGAAUUUUAAGGGCAUCCGACCCUACAUCCAGGCAAGACGUCAACGAUGGAUGAUUCUGCAAAACCCUGAAUUAUGAAUAAUGAUCAUUUUGACUCUUUACUGCCAACAUGUUUUGUAAAUUAAUUAUUUCCUGCAGUAUCUGACAACUAUGGUGUGGUUAAUUCUACAACUGUCUUAAGGAAAAGACAAGACCUAUUCAUGAGUUCAACAGCAGUGAUAACAGCCCCGAAAUACAUCAUCUUUAGAAUCUGAUUUGAUGAAUUUUCCUGGCCAGAUCCUAGGGAAAUGUUAAUGUUGCAUGAGCGUCGCAUCAUAGUGUGGAAGAAAUGCCUAAAUAACACAUCAAACAAAGAAAUAAAGUAAAAUACAAUAGUUUGUUGUAUUUCGUUUUUAUGUAUUUACUGACACAAAAAGGACCUUUUAAUUCUUUGUCUUUAAUAUUUGAAUUGUCAUUGUGACAUUGCAAAUUUACCAUGCAACAUUAAAAUCUAAUGUCAGACGUCUAAUUGUCUGCUCAGCCUCCUGCAGGACAGUUGAUCCCUUAAGCUGCUGAUAAUCAGUAAUAAAUGUAACUAAACAUACAGUCCAUAGCAUUGCCCCUGUGGUGAGGAAGCCUAGGGGAGUUUGUUUUAAUGUUAAAGACAGCCCAUGGUCCUACCCCUCAUUGUGUUUCUUUUUGGCACGAUGAUGCUUCUUCCUCUCUGUUGCACCUCCUCAUAAGAACUGAUUUUGUUUUAGCAAGUCUAUGCUGCCCCCUGCUGGACAACAUUAAACCACAACAAACCUGUUUUCUCUGUGACUUAAUUUGAAUAUGGCAUGAAAAAUUCAAGUCACUUGAAAAUGUAGUUAUUUAAAACAAAGGGUUAAGUAACUGUCACUUAAAUGUUUUUUCAUUUAUAACUGUAAAAAAAUACAUACAAGUAAAUGCAAAUAAUGUGCAGCCUGUUGUAUUUUAGUUUGUUCCUUUGAUUGAGCAUAAAGCAUAUACACUAUAAAAAUGGGGAAUGUGUGUGUGCUUGUGUUUUAAAAGCAAAAUAAAGUAUUGUGGGCAUGUA